ACGCACAUCCAUCAAUUUGGGGAUUAAUUAAUCGAUCAUCAUCUCAACUAUUCCUGCCUCCCACCCUACCAUGGCCCACCGGACGGAGAAUAACGCAUGGAUGUCUGUUCCUCAAUUUGGAGGGUGGGAUCAGAAAGGUCCAGGAGCCACGGAUUAUUCAAUGGUUUUCUCGCGGGCUCGGGCCAACAGGAAGCAACAGAAGACUGAUAUUAGGCGUAGCCUUGGAAAUGAGCAGGAAUUCGUUGCUGCUGCUUCAUUACCUCAGCCGCAAUACCAGGAAGAUUCUGUUACGAAGAAAAACAAGAUCUUGACCUAUAUUAAUUGCUGCAUCAGGCCUUGAUCCACCUGCCAGUCUUUUCGCCGUGUAAAGCGUAAACAGCUAGACAUCUGGCCUGUAGAUUUACUGAUAAGGCGUUCUUCGGUUCAGGAAUUAAGCAGAAGGUUUUAAGCUUUAAGCUUGGUCUGCCAUGUAAAUAUCCUUCCUAAUACCUACAACUUUCUCCAUCAUACGUGAUUCUAACCUCUGAUUAUCAGAGCAAUGGCACGAUAAUUAUAUCAACUGACAUCCAAAGUUGCCUAUACAUAUGUUACAUGAGCUGUUUUCUUAUGGUCUCAUCAAUUUUCUUCACUCAAACACGAGAAACUAAUUUCAAUCUAA